AUGUCAUCCGUCAAGCUCCUCACAAAUGCUAACGGCUUCAGGUCUGCAUCGAGGAGAAUUGUGAGUCGGGACGAGCAAGCAUACCAUGUCAUCACCGAUCGCCGAAAAGCACGAGAUCCACCCAUGAUUGAGCCAGUGGUCCAGUAUCAUGGAAAGUGGCCCUUCUAUCGUUUCAUGGGCAUCCAGGAACCGUUCUCUGUUUUGUUCUCAUUGAUGAACUUUCUUGCCCAUCGGAAUGGCAUGCAGAGAAUUCGCGACUCUAUUCCCGCUCGAUACCCUCUCCGACCAUAUUACUUGGCCUUUGGCUACUUUGGACUCGCCAGUUGGAUAUUCAGCAUGAUUUUUCACACCCGAGACUUUAACAUUACCGAGAAGCUGGACUAUUUCGCUGCCGGUGCCAGUGUUCUCUAUGGCCUUUAUUACUCUCCCAUCCGGGUAUUUCGACUGGAUCAGAACGACCCAAUGAAACAGAGCAUCCUAAGGGCGUGGACGGUUCUCUGCAUUCUCCUUUACGUGGCGCACGUCACUUAUUUGACGGCGUGGAGUUGGGACUAUACCUACAACAUGGCCGCCAAUGUCGUUGCAGGUAUUGUUCAAAAUCUGCUCUGGAGUUGGUUCAGCGUCACGCGAUACCGCAAGCUGCAGAAAUCGUGGGCAGCGUGGCCGGGAUUGAUUGUAGCUUGGAUUAUCAUGGCUAUGAGCUUGGAGCUGUUUGAUUUUCCUCCGAUGGCUGGCAUGAUAGAUGCUCACAGCCUAUGGCAUCUUGGAACCGUGAUACCUACAAUCUGGUGGUAUAGCUUUCUGAUCAAAGAUGCUCAAGAAGAUCUCGCCAGUCAGCGACUCAAAGCAUAA